AGAAAGAAAACAGGUUCUCAACCCUAAGCGAGCGACCUUAGACCUAAAUUUUGCUCUCUUUUCCAUCCACCGUCGCUCUCUCUCUCCCUCCAUACGGAAAUUCUCAUCUCGCUUCCUCCAUCACCGCCGCAUUGGACUGUUGUGGAUUCUGCCGUCCUCCUCCUUCCACAGCUUGACCGUCUACACUCCAAACGCCGCCCUACCUAAUAGCAACCAGCUUGCACUAUUCCAGGCACGGCUUGCCCCUAGAGAAAAAAGUUAUGGCAAAUCUGCACCAACCACCACCUGGACCAGGGGGCCAACCCCCAAACCCUAUGAAUCUCAAUCCGCCGCCCCCGGAUUUCAUGGCUUUUGAAGUUGUCGAUAAUACUUUACCGGCACAGCUUGGCUUUCGAACGCCAUGGAUGUAUCGGUGUCCUUUAAGCCUCACACCAUGGCAAUUACCGCAGCAACCUCAACCUCAACCUAACCCUCUUAUAUCACAGGACUUUGAUGAUUGGAUUUACAAAUCCAAUCAUCCCCUAUGGGAGGUACCUUCAAUGAUUGAUUGGAGUACCGGAACGGUGACAAAUCAAGAUAUUCCGAUGUGUAUGACUCCCUAUUACAGGGAUGGCCUUCGCACUAUACUUGGCCACGUGUACAGAGAAUCAGUGAUUGAUGGGUUGCACCGCGUAAACCUGGGGCUUCUUAUUAGGAGGAAUGGAGAUGGCCUCGAGAUCGAUACCACUGAUCCGCCAUCCAAAAUUGUCAAAACCGAUCAGGUUUUAGACACCAUUCAUACACUGAAGCUGUUAGUGGAGCGCAUCGUCGAAUCUGUACCACUUACUCCUCCUGCCGUGUGGCCAGAUGAGGUCACGUGCUUCUAUGACCUCUGCGACUUUGCUGAAGAACCUCACACUGAUCAAGCUUUUCUAAGGGAUUUCUUGCUUUUUGUUUGCAAGAACCCACUCAUUUUCGAUACUGGAGAUGCCUUGCGUUGGUUCUGGAAGACGGCAUCGUUAGACCACAUGUAUAGGCUCCAAGAUAUUAUGGACUAUGAUGAUAUCUUUGAGCACUUCAUGAAUCGGAUGCGAGGCUUUAUCUCGGGGAUUAAUGCUAGUGCAGGGCCGUUUUAUGAUUUGAAGAUGUACCUAUCUCAGAGGAUGUCUCAUUCUUUACCUGCCCAGUACACCCAACCAACGGAAGUAAUACGCUAUAUGGGAAAUGCCAUCCGCCAUAUAAGGGAUAGAAGACCAUAUUACACUGAUGAAGAUAUUGUUUUAAGCUUAAUGUACCUAAUUCCUGGCAUUGUUGUCUCUAUUCCCUUCCUUGCACUUGCUGCGUCACUUCACCAUCCGGGGUGGUUUCCUUUGUCGGCGGGCUGGGAGACAUAUGGGAAAUUUAUGGACCAAGGGAACACAUUCUGCCAGUACUUUCGUGGAAGAUAAAUGGUGUCUUUUUCAUGGAUGGGAUAAUGCACUGUUUGUUUUGGUUUUGUUUGAUUUGUGUUUUCAGAUCUGAAAUGGGCAUUCUUAGUAUUUUGGAUUCAUGCUUAAUUUUAUCCUAACAGUCUCAAAUCCUGAUUCGUGCAUAUACAUGGAGGGAAUUAUGAAUGUGUAUGCAUGAUUAUUGGUGUCAGAUAUUUCCAGUGUAGAAAUAACUUGCUAAUCGUAUUUCAUGGACACUAUUAUCCGCUAUGGAAAUUUCUAUUGGUCUCCAUAUUAAUUUCCUAUUCUGAUGUGAAACUAAUACUGGCUCCUGAGUCUACNGUUUUCAGAUCUGAAAUGGGCAUUCUUAGUAUUUUGGAUUCAUGCUUAAUUUUAUCCUAACAGUCUCAAAUCCUGAUUCGUGCAUAUACAUGGAGGGAAUUAUGAAUGUGUAUGCAUGAUUAUUGGUGUCAGAUAUUUCCAGUGUAGAAAUAACUUGCUAAUCGUAUUUCAUGGACACUAUUAUCCGCUAUGGAAAUUUCUA